CAGCCACAGCACUACUCCUGAGACUCCUCAACGCAACCUGGAGAACCUCUCUCUCUCUCUCUCUCUCCCUCUCUCUGUGCAUGAUCAUAUAGGCAUUGCCCACUAGUUCACUUGCAAUGGAUCACCUGAACUUCACCGUCUCGUCGUCGCCGGUCAACUCGCCAUCACCUUCAAAGGCCAAAAGAAAGCAUCAGCAGCAGCAAACGCCGCCCCCCCUCCAAACCCACCAGGACGACGGGGCAGCCCCAGCCAGGUUCCUCGGGGUCAGGCGGCGUCCGUGGGGCCGGUACGCGGCGGAGAUACGGGACCCCACCACAAAGGAGCGGCACUGGCUCGGGACCUUCGACACGGCCGAGGAGGCCGCCCUGGCCUACGACCGGGCCGCCCGGUCGAUGCGGGGCGCCAAGGCUCGCACCAACUUCGUCUACUCCGACAUGCCGCCGGGCUCCUCGGUCACCUCCCUCGUCUCCCCCGACGAGGCCCACAGCGACUUCGCCGCGCUCUUCAUCUCUCAACAUCAUCAUCAGCAGCAAGAGCAACCACAUCAUCAUCACCACGGCAAGAGCAGCAAUAACCCUAAUCACCAGCUCUUUUACACGCCGGGCUCCAUGAGCGCCUGCAACGUGGACUUCACAUCCGGGCUACCCGCCGAAAACGGGUGGGCCGCCGACGGAUAUCUCGGCGGCGGUCCCUACCAUCCGGCGACGAGCAUCGCCGACUUCGGGGACGCAGCCCGCCCGCAGUCCUACGACGAGGCGGAGCUGCCACCGUUUCCGCCCGACCUGUCCAGCUGUUACGGUUCGGGCUUGGAUAUGGGCCACGGAGGCUGGACAGAUAUGGGCUUUUUGGGGCUCCAGGAGCAGAGCAUUGUGCCUGGGCCGUCGAACGGGCUGAACAUGGGCUUUGACCCAAACGAGCUCGUGGAGCACGGCCCACUCUUCGGGAGGAUGCCGCAGGUCUCGGAUAAGGGCGUGGACGGGUUUGAUUUGGGCUCGUCUUCUGCGUACUAUUUUUAGCCCGAAUCAAUAAUCUCUAUUUCUGUAAAUCUUAAAAAGGUAAUUUUGCGUUUGCCGUCUUGGAGUUAUUAUAUUUAUCCUAUUUUCAUUUUUUUUUUCGUUUUUUUUUAAUUUUUUUUUGGGGGUUGAACUUGAAGGGUUCUGGGUGAUGGGGUUUGUGUUGGGCUAAAGAAGUGGAAAUCUAUUAGCCCUCCCAUUUGCGUGUAUUUUGAUUUUUUUUUUUUUCUGUUGAAGAGCUUAAAAAGAAAGCUUUGUCUAGUGAUCAUGUAAAAGCACGGGAUCAUAAUUAUCAUGAUUUACAUCUUGUUUUUG